AUGAGUUCUAGAGCAAUCAGGAAGUUGCAAAAUGAUGAGGAAUUAUUAGCAUCUCUUCUAGCGUCCAAUAAGGCGCCUUCUAGAAACGAAAAGACACAACAACAGUCGAAGCAAGUCAAUUUAUUUGCUUUAAUGGAUGAUGACGAAAGCUCUUAUGAAAGCGAAGAUGCAGUUGAAGUACCAGCAUCAGAAGGAAUGAAAUCUCAUGAGAAAGUUGUUGCUUCAAGUGCUAACGACGAAGGGGAAGUUAGAAAGGUAGUUUUGCAAACCAAAUCUCAAAAGAGGAGGAACAAAAAGAACAAGAAGAAAAAGGGAAAAAACUCAUGCGUCCCAAAAAAUAACGACGAAGAUACUUUUAAUGAUGAUGAUCUAGAUAAACUGUUACAGCACUUUCAAAAACGAGAUAUUAAGGAUUUUGGUCUAAAUGUGACAAAUGUUAACCACAGUGAUGAGUUCUUCACGGCUUCCGAAUCCGACAAUGGCUCAGAUGAUGAAAUCUCAAGUACUGAUAUCAUCGAAAAUGACUUACUUGACGAUACAUAUUUCUCUAAAUUCCCUAUUCAUACUAUCAAAUAUGCCAAAAGAUUUUUCAACACGGAUUUCAAAAAAUUAGACCCUCAUCAGGAAUUCAAACUAUUAUUUGAUGAUAUUUCUGCAGAAUCUCUGGAAGACAUCGACUCAAUGUCAUCUACUUCUAUUUCGCCUCAGCAGUUGAAGCAAAUUCAAAAAAUGAAAAGAUUAGUAAGGAAUUGGGGCGGUAAGGACCACAGAAAUGUACCUAACGGCCCUGGUGGUAGUGUCCAUCGUCUUCAAUUCACUAAGGUAAGGGACGAUUGGCUUCCAACACCAAGAGGCGAAUUAAAUAUGAGACUUUUGACAAGUGACGAGUUAAUGGAUUGGCAGCUAUGGCAGCGUCCACUUGAUUGGAAAGAUGUCAUUGAACAAGACUUGAAAAGCUGGCAGAAGUAUGUCACCUUCUAUAAAUUUGAGCCACUAAAUCCAGAUUCAAAUAAAGCAGCAAUGACAGAAUUCUAUAUGAGCGUCAUAUUACAUCCAGAUCAUGAAGCAUUGAUUAGUUUGAUUGCCUCUAAAUUCCCAUACCAUGUACCAGGUCUUCUUCAGGUUGCACUCAUAACAAUAAGACAAGGAGAUAAAUCAAAUACUAACGGAUUAUUACAAAGAGCCCUUUUUGUUUUUGAUCGUGCCUUGAAAUCAAACGUGAAAUUUGAUGGGACUUCGUUUCAAUUACCAUAUAUCUACUUCUUUAACAGACAGUUUUACUUAACAAUUUUCAGAUAUAUCCUUUCAUUAGCUCAAAGAGGUGCCUUUGCUACUGCAGGUGAGUGGUGCAAGGUAUUAUGGUCAUUAAGUCCCUUGGAAGAUCCAUUAGGAUGUAGGUAUUUCUUAGAUCAUUAUUUGUUAUUAAACUCUGAAUACCGAUACAUUAUAGAUCUGUCAAAAUCUUCCCUAGCUAACACUUAUAGACAAUGGUACACACUGGGAUUAGCGCUGGGUACUGUAUUAAGUUACUUAAAGAUUGAGGAGACUGAAUUAGCCAAAUUAGAAUUAAUGAAAUGUUUUAAGCACCACCCGUUAGCCAUAGCUAUGCUAUUUAUCGACAAAUUAGCAGGAGACAGAUGUCUUGUGGGAGGUUUGGAUAUUUCUGCUAGUCCCGCAGAACAAAUCGAAUGUAAAGCAUACCUUGCAAGAUUUUCUUUAUUAUGGAAGGGCCACGAAGAGAUCAAGUUCUUAUAUGACGAGAUAAGUAAAAUCUUGAGUGAUUACCAAAAUAACAAAAUUGAACUAUCGUUCUUAAUGGGUUCUGUAGAUGAGGAAUCUGAACACCCAUUUUUUAUUAAAGGUAUUCCUGUGAAUUUACUAAGAUUUGUUGUCCUUUCAGAGGAAUCAUCAGUAAUGGCAAGUAUUCCCUCAUAUGUUUGGUCGGAUUACGAAGUAUUUGAGUUUGAUGUACUCCCACCACUUGCAAGAGAUAGAGAAUCAUUGGAAGUUAUAGAGACCGUUAAGAGCUUCGUGAAUGACAGGGAUCUUGCUACUAAUCAAGCAGUGAGGAUGCAAGAUGACCAGCUUUUAGCACAAAUAAGGCAGCUAUCAUUGGACCAAUAUCUACAAGAAAACCCAAAUGCCGCUCCUGAAAUUUGA